CUUUGGAAAAAAGAAAAUUCACGUUCAGGCGACCGACGGACGGCGAGGAAAAGGAGUGAGAGGGAAAAGGGAGUGAGAGAGAGGGGGAAAAGCUGAGAGGAGAAGCGAAAGCCAGAAACCAGAUGAGAAAGUCGGAUCCAGAGAAGAAGUUUUACGCGUCGAAGCGACUUUUUCCAAAGUUUGGCUGCUCGGUGGCGCACGGGAACAUCUGGAGAUAAGAAGCUUAAACUGAGACCCGGACGCUCCUCUAACAGUUCUACCCCUCAGGACGACUAGUUAAGUCAUGCCCCUCCAUAAAUCCUCCCGGGCACCUCGCCUCGACCCCACCAUGAUCUCUGCCCCACUGGGAGACUUCCGCCACACGAUGCACAUCGGCCGGGGAGGCGACGCCUUCGGGGACACCUCCUUCCUAUCCACCCUGGGACCCGGAUCUGCCGGCGCUGACCCGGGGAGUACGGGAGUCGCUCCGGCCGCAGAACCCGAAGCCUCUGUCAACCACGGCGAGCUGCAGAACAGCGAGCUGCAGCACUCUGAGUCCGUGUCCUCCUUCACCAUGGACCUGGACCUUGACUUGGGCCCGUCCAUGCUGGGAGAUGUGCUGGGGGUGAUGGACGGUCUGGGCCUGGACUCCAACGAGGAGGACGUGUUCAGUCCGAAGGCGGCCGUGGAGUUGAACCUGCAGAACCAACUGAACGGGAAGAACCUGGAGGGGAACCAGGCGGGAGACGGACGGAUACCGGACGGCGUCAAACCCAAGGGGAUCCGGCCGAAGGUGAGGUUCAGUGACAAGCGUGAGGAGAUCAUCCGCCAGGCAUCCGAGGAGGAGGAGGGCCAGAGCUUUGACUUCCAGGAUGACGAUCAGCUGACAUGCGAAACCCCGACGAGUCCGGAGAACCGAGCCGAACCCGAGUUCGCCGGGUACAAAGUCGACACGCCGCCGAGUCCGUCGUCCUCUCAGGGCUCUGAGUACGAAGGCGUGACGCCGCUGGACAGGAGGAGGGUGAAUAGCUGCCACUCGGACUCAGACUCAGAGGACGACGAGGACGCGGGACGGGGAUACACGUUCGAAGACGAGUUCGAUGACGAAAUCGGCCUAUAAGAGACCAGAAACUGUUCAUCAUUUCAGCACCGAUGGGAGGCAGAACUAUUUGAACUGGAUUUAAACCGCUAAGAUGAUGUUGCUCAACUGGAAAAGACAUUUUCUUGUUUUUACCUACGAGGGUGGCAGAUUUUAAGACUUUCUGAAUCCGUUCAGGCUGUUACAGUGAAAUGUUUGUAGCACUUUGAUCCGUUUUAUUGACCUGGAAGUUACCAACCGUUGGAUUCAGGCUGAAUGAAAGAUGUUUGCUUAGUUAAUUCCUUCUAUAAUCCUCACAGUCGCUGCUGUGUUGUUGAACUUUACCUUAUCGUGCCUUCAGGGGGGCUCACCUCAUCUAUUAUCAGUGUCUUCUACUUAUGUCUGCAUGUUUAUUACAGUCUUCUCCCCACCAACAGUGUCUUCAUUGAAUUACUGUGAAUUUGUCACAUUCCAGAUCUGAAAAUGUGAGUUCCUCUGCUUCAGUCCAAACCUGAGCUCAGUUUUUUUGGCAUGUUUUGAACUCACCAAAGCUGUUGUUGGGGCUGCGGGGCCGAAACGCUGCGACAAUCAUGGAUUUAAAGGUAGGACCAGGAGCGGCGGUGUAUUUUUGUACAUGCUUUCUGCUUGUAUAAUGCCUUUUUUAAGUAUUUUAUUUGAUAAUGCUGUAAAAGGGAGAGGCUAUUACCUUCAUCUGUUGAAAUGCUGGUUUGUUAUCCUGUGGUUUAAUACGGAUUACAGUGAAAACAAUAAAGUAAUUAUUGGGAUUUUAAAAGAA